CAUGCGCAGUGUGUUGAGCUGGGUUCGCAGUAAUGGCGGUGCGCGUUUGAAGGUUUCAUUGCGGGUGUUUUUCCGAUGGCGGAGAACGGCGCAGACAUGCAGACUGAGUCGGAGCAGUGUCUCUAUAUGUGUGCAAGACAGAAGCUGGAGAAUCUGCUGAAUAAGAGCAUGAAAAUCCGUAUGACAGACGGGAGAACGCUGCUUGGCCUUUUCCUCUGCACUGACCGAGACUGUAACGUCAUUCUGGGUUCUGCUCAAGAGUUCCUGAGGACCACCGACUCGUUCUCUCAGGCCGAGCCACGUGUUUUGGGGUUGGCGAUGAUUCCUGGUCAUCAUGUGGUGUCAAUUGAAGUGGAGACGGAGAGUUUACAGAGUCAAGGCCUCUGAGCAGGGCAUCAUGGGAAAUGGAAUUUUACUCUCUGUGUGCAGAGUCAAAUGUGUGUGAGGACACGUGGACACUUACAAGAGACACGGGGCUCAUAUUCACACUCAGUCGUGUGUGUGUGUGUUAAUAAACCCCAAUAAGAGUAAGUGUGUGUGUGUGUGUGUGUGUGUGUGUAAAACAGUGGUAGAUGUACAGAUAUAUUGUGACGUUAUUCACACACACGCGUGCGCACGUAUUAACAUCGUUAGUGUGAAGCUGCAGUUCCUGGAGUAGUAAUGUGUUAGCAUGUAUAAUGGGCGUUAUCUAUGAUUAUUUGGCACAUUGCUUUCUACAAAUCUUCAGAACUCCAUAUGACUUGUCUAUGUGGUACAAAAGCCCAAUUCCAAAAAAGUUGUGAUGCUGUGUAAACUGUAAAUAAAAACAGAAUGCAAUAAUAUGCAGAUCAUGGAAACCCUAUAUUUCAUUGAAAAUAGUAGAAAAACAACAUAUGUUGAAACAGAAUUUUUUUUUUUUUUUAAUAUUUGCUCAUUUUGAAAUUGAUGCCAGUAACACGUUUCAGAAAAGUUGGGACAGGGGCGUGUUUACCACUGUGUUGAAUCACCUCUACUUUAACAACACUGUAAACGUUUGGGAUCUGAGGAGACCGACUGCUGUAGUUUUGAAAGAGAAAUGUUGUCCCAUUCUUGCCUGAUAUACAAUUUCAGUUGCUCAACAGGUCGGAGUCUCCUUUGUCAUAUUUUAUGCUUCAUAAUGUGCCAAAUGUUUUAAAUGGGAGACAGGUCUGGACUGCAGCAAGCCAGUUUAGCACCCGGACUCUUACUACGGAGCCAUGCAGUUGUAAUAUGUGCAGAAAGCGGUUUGGCGUUGUCUUGCUGAAAGAAGGAAGGCCUUCCCUGGAAAAGAUUUAGUCUGGAUGGCAGCAUAUUGCUCUGAAACGUGUUUAUAUCAUUCAGCAUUAAUGAUGACUUCCCAGAUGUACAAGCUACCCAUGUCAUGUGCACUAACGCCCCCUCAUACCAUCACAGAUGCUGAAUGCUUUUGAGCUGUGCACUGAUAACAAGCCGGAUGGUCCCUCUCCUCUUUAGCCUGGAGGACGUGGGGUCCAUGAUUUCUAAAAAGAAUUUCUACUUUUGAUCCAUCAGACCUCAGGACAGUUUUCCACUUUGCCUCAGUCCAUCGUAAAAGAGCUCGGGCCCAGAGAAGGGGGCGGGGUUUCUGGAUAUUGUUUAUAUCUGGUUUUAACUUGCGUUUGUGGAUGCAGUAAUGAAGUGUUUUCACAGACGAUGGUUUUCUGAAGUGUUCCUGAGCCCAUACACUGAUUUCCACUACAGACACGUGUCUGCUUUUAAUGCAGUGUCUCCUGAGGGCCUGAAGAUCACAGGCAUCCAGUCUCUUACAUACAGAGAUUUCUCCAGAUUCUCUGAAUCUUUUAAUGAUAUUUUGGACCAUAGAUGAUGUGAUCCCCCAAAUUCUUUGCAGUUUUUCAUUGAGGAACGUUAUUCUUAAACUUGUUGCACUGUUUGCCCACGCAGUCUUUCACAGAGUGGUGAACCCCGCCCCAUCUUUACUUCGGAGAGACUCCGCCUCUCUGAGAUGCCCUUUUUAUACCCAAUCACCUUACUGACCUGUUAAUAAUUAACCAAAUUAGUUGUUUUGUUUGUUUGUUUGUUUGUUUGUUUGUUUGUUUGUUUGUUUGUUUUUAACAACAUUACACAACAUUUUUGGUCUUUUGUUGCCCCUGUCCCAACUUUUUUGUUUAAAUUGUUGUGGGCACUAAAUUCAAAAUGAACUUUAAAAAAUAAAUAAAUAAAUUCUCAGUUUCAACAUUUAUGUUGUAUUUGUUCUAUUUUUGGAGAAAUAUAGAGUUUCCAUGAUUUUCAAAUCAUCGCAUUCUGUUUUUAUUGACACAGAGUCCUGACUUUUUCUGAAACAGGAUUGUAAAUAGUGGAGACAGUAUAGCACCAUGUAACACUGUGUCUGAAACUGAAUAAACAAACUAGCAUUGUG